UAGUGACAAGAUGGCGAUGCCCAGCGAGCUGUCUCUCGAGGAGAUUCGGAAAUAUUUACUGGAAAACGGCGGCACCGCGCGAAACCACGAUGUCGUGAAGUAUUUCAAGAAAUUCCUAACGGAUCCGGAAACCCGAGUCGAGGCACGGAAUCGGUUCAAGGAGUACGUGAACACCCUGGCCACCAUAAAGAAUGAAGAGGGGGAGAAGUAUUUGGUCCUGAAGAAGAAGUACAGGCAAAUUGUCCUGGAGUUUUCGUCUCCGGAUGAGAUGGGAACUCCUCUCACAACACCGGACAUUGUCACUCCGGUCUCUCCGCUUCGAGCACCUCCGCCAUACCGGCCACCACCCCCGGCGCCUCUAAGUCCAACGGUAGGAAUCGACGUUGUUCCCGCGGAUUCUAAUGCAGAUUUUGCGCGCGAGGUAGCUGCGAUCGACGCGCGGAAAAAUGGUGUUCACGGUGUCGACGCAGGAUUUUCAACGUCGUCGCCCCCGGUGCCACCGCGUCGUAAAAGUCAGGAUAAGAUCAAGAUCGAGAACAAGGAGAACGUCGACAGAAACAGGGGAUCCGAGGCAGUCAUCAAGGAAGAUGAGGCUGUUACGGGGAAUCCUAGCUCAGCCGAGCAAUUAAGCUUCCGCGAGCGGAUGCAACGCUUCAACCGGAUGGCUAGCGAGACCGAUCUUCAUGGCAGACCUAAUGGCACUAUUACGCCCACUAAAAAGCGAUCUGACAAGGGUGCCGACGAGGAUGACAGCGCUUCCGUUGCCUCGCAACUGGACGGGAAGUCGCGGGAAUGGCUGGUGAGGGCGGCGCAGGGGGAUUACCAGGCGUUGGCGAAGCUGGCCGGGGAGGAGCCUCGCUUAACCGGGCUGAAGGAUCCGACGUCCGGCUAUACGGCUCUGCACUGGGCUGCAAAGCAUGGAGACGAGAAUAUCGUGAAGCUGAUCGCGGGCACGUACAAGGACUACAUCAAGAGUGUCAAUGAGACUACGAACGGGGGAUACACGCCGCUGCACAUCGCGAUGCAAUUCGAUCACGAGAACGUUUUCAACCUUCUAGUCCAAGUAUACGGUGCAAAUCAGGAUAUUCGCGACUACAGUGGAAAGAAAGCGAGACAAUAUCUGGUCUCGCAAGAGGCCGCCGUCAGUCAGGACACCUUCCGCAGGAUUACUGCUGCCGCUACGCACAGGCAAGUUCAGAAGCACACCUCUGCUAAAGUAGUAAAGCGCUUGUGUCGCAAGAUUAAAGUAGCCGCACCUUAAAAACGUAACGUAUGACUGUCACUUUCGUCGACGCUGACGUGAGUAUUCCAUGGAGAAUCCGCGGGUCCAUCUUCACCGGUUCUUUGGCACCGCGGCGGCCAUUUUGUUGUCGACGGGUUGUUGCACAAAUUAUGACGGAUUUUUCAACGAGAAUUCGUUCUACAGCGAAGAGAUUACUUGCACGGAGAUCGGACGUGGAAUCGUGUGUUAGAAAGAUUCGAAACAAUUUUAUUAAACGAUCUAGGAUCUCCAAUUCUUUGUUGAUCAUUUUUAAGCGACGAUAGAGUCUGGAACAUAUUUUCUUAGUGGAAAUGUAUAUCUGUAUCUCGAAGCGAAGAAAAUAAUUUAUUGGAAUCUAUGUUUUAAAGUAAGCGUACCAGGGUCUUCGUAUUUGGAUGUUUACAAACGAAAAAUUUGCGUAAUAAUUAAUUUUAAAUAAUAUACGUACAAUUGAAUCGUGAAUGCGAGAAAUUUCAAUAUUUUUAAGUAGCUUUACGAAUUAAUGUAUCAACGUCUGUGCAUUUUCGAUACGACAAGCUCUUUUCUUGCUUAUUAAAAUUGUUCAUUUUAAUAUCGAUGUAUGCUCUGAUCGUCGAUCGUCGAGAAUAUCGAUUUUUAGAAACAAAAGCUUGCAAAAUCCGUCCGCAACAAACCCGUUAUUUAUUCCGAUCGAUUCACGCACCACAGUGGACCCGUUCAUUCCCGAAGUUCCGAAGGGAAUUUUUGUAAUUCUUGUACUUGUAAUCGCUUGAUCAACACUAAAUUUCACGAACCAGUGCUCUUGUGACGUUCUCUGUGAUCGCGUCAAACUGUAUCGAUAUUGUGAUCGCGAAUAAGAAUUUUGAUCGUUCAGCUACAUGCGUGCCCCGUGCUUAAACUGCUAACGGAGAAAACGAUUUUAUCAAGAAGAAAGUAACGACUGUUCAUUCGAACGCAGAGUUUUAACUGUCGUUGUAACUGGAAUACGGCUGCGAGACAUACGCGAGAAAAAGAUUCUUCUUUCAUUCGAAUAAACGUUCUGAGCAAAUUUUAAACGGACUCGAAGUGGCAGUAGUACUUAAAGACUUUAGCCCCCUAGCACCGUAGAUGAUGCGAGCUAACCCUUAGCCGGCGAUGCGAACUAUCGUUCUUCUCGAUUUAUUAUUUACUAUAAAACGAUCUGAAUUUAAUCAGUAGUUUUCGCACUUUGUCUCUCGUAAUGAUUGAAAUCUUAAAUUGUGGUAUAUUUUCAUUGGCUUUAAUAAAUAGUUGAGCAAA